AUGCGUCUGUACAGACACACGUUACGAACGAUCCUGUCGUGGUGCGUCGAUCGUAAUAUCUUUUACGAGGAACGCGAUCGCGUGCGGGCGGCGUUCGCGGCGAACGCGGCGUUGGUCGAUCGCGGCGCGAUCGAACGCGCGUUGAGCGACGGAGAGAAGACGCUCGAGUCGUACGCGCACCCGGAUCCGUACAUCAUUCCCACGAUGUACGGGGGGUCGAAGUACGCGCGGAACCCGGAGCCGCCGAGCGGGGUGUCGAUGGUUUUUGAUUUCGGGAGAGAGGAGUACGCGAAGCCAAAGUGA